ACUGUGUUUGCUUAGUAAUCAAUCUUCAACAACUUAGUUUGCACUUUUGCAAUGGAAAUCCAAAGCAGCUCUUCAACUCCGAUGAUAUGGAAAUAUGAUGUGUUUGUGAGCUUUAGAGGUGAAGACACAAGAAACAACUUCACUGAUCAUCUUUUUGGUGCUCUCUAUGGAAAAGGCUUUGUUACUUUCAAAGAUGACACCAUGCUAAGAAAAGGUAAAAAUAUAUCCACUGAGCUUAUACAAGCAAUUGAAGGAUCACAAAUUCUGAUUGUGGUCUUCUCAAAAUACUAUGCUUCUUCCACAUGGUGCUUGCAAGAACUGGCAAAAAUUGCUGAUUGCAUUGAAGGAAAGAGGCAGACUGUUCUGCCUGUUUUCUGUGAUGUGACUCCAUCUGAGGUGCGGAAACAAAGCGGAAAUUAUGGAGAAGCUUUUCUGAAGCAUGAAGAAAGAUUCAAAGAAGAUUUACAAAUGGUUCAAAGAUGGAGGAAAGCUCUAGCACAAGUGGCCGAUCUCUCUGGAUGGGAUGUAACAAAUAAGCCACAAGAUGCACAGAUUGGAGAAGUAAUUAAACAAGUAACAGACACAUUGAGUCACAAGUUUUCAACUAUACCGGAUGAUGUAGUUGGGAUACAGUCACCAUUGAAAGAAUUAGAAAAACUUCUGGUUUUGGACUCAAAUGGUGAUGUUCGAGUGCUAGGGAUUUGUGGAAUGGGUGGACUAGGAAAGUCGACUCUUGCUACUUUUUUGUAUCAGAGAAUCUCUAACCAAUUUGAUGCGACCUGUUUUAUUGAUGAUAUAAGUAAACUUCUUAGGGAGCAGAGUGCAAUGGAGGCUCAAAAACAAAUUCUUAGUCAAACUCUAAAUGAGGAAAAUCUUCAGUUGUAUAAUCUUCCAAUGACAACUAAUUUGAUGCAAACUAGACUAUGCCACAAAAAGGCCCUCAUAGUUCUUUAUAAUGUCGAUGAAGUGAAGCAGCUGUACAAAUUGGCUUUGAAACGUGGAUCUCUAGGUGCUGGAAGUAGAAUCAUCAUAAUUUCUAGGGAUGAACAUAUCUUGAGAGAGUAUCCAGUGGAUGAAGUUUACAAAGUUCAACUCUUGAAAAGUCAAGAUGCUCUUCAAUUGUUUUGCAGAAAAGCUUUCAAAUGUGAUGAUGUAAUGAGUGAUGAAUACAUUGACUUGGCGAAUGAAGUCUUGGAAUAUGCUGGCCGCUUGCCAUUAGCAAUAAAUGUGUUGGGUUCAUUUUUGUUUGGCCGGAAUGUUGAUGAAUGGAGAAGUGCAUUGGCUAGACUGAGAGAAUAUCCAGAAAAAGAUGUUAUGGAUGUUCUUCGAAUAAGUUUUGAUGCAUUGAAGGAUACCGAAAAGGAAAUAUUUUUAGAUAUUUCUUGUUUCUUUAAUAAAAAAUCACGAGAAUAUGUGAAGGAAGUUCUAGAUUUUCGUGGAUUUUUUCCUGAAAUUGGUAUAAAAGUUCUCAUUGAUAAAUCACUACUCGUAGUUGAUGAUCAUGAGAUUUUUAAAAUGCAUGACUUGUUGAAAGAGCUGGGCAAAAAUAUUGUUAGAGAAAAAUUUCCAGAAGAGCCAUGGAAGUGGAGUAGGCUGUGGGACUACAAGAAUUUCCACAAGGUUAUGUUAGAAAAUAAGACGACAGAGACUCUUCAAGCCAUAGUUAUUGAACAAUCAUGGAAACACAAGUUUCUAGAUACAACCAUGAAGGCGGAUACUUUGUCAAAAAUGAGCCACCUUAAGCUGCUGAUUUUUAAGGAUGAGAAUGUGAACUUUUUAGGAAGUCUCAAUCAUCUUUCAAAUGAAUUAGGAUACCUUCAUUUGAAAAAUUAUCCUUUCAAGUGUUUGCCACCAAGUUUUCAACCAGAUAAACUUGUUGAAUUGAUCAUGCCUCGUAGUAGCAUCAAACAACUGUGGGAAGGCACAAAGCCUCUACACAGUUUAAAACGUAUGAAUCUCUCUGACUCCAGAAGUCUUAUUAAGCUACCGGAUUUUACGGAGGCCCCAAAUCUUGAGUCCCUGAAUCUUGAAGGAUGCAUAAAACUUGUGCGGAUCAAUGAGUCCAUUGGCACCCUAAGAAAGCUUGUCGGUUUGAACUUGAAGGAUUGUAUAAAUCUAGUCAGCAUUCCCAGUAGCAUUUUUCAUCUCAGUUCUCUUGAAGGUCUAUAUCUUUCUGGCUGCUCAAAAUUACUUAGGAAUAAUCUGUUAGAGAAACAGAGGGAUGCAGAACACUUGGAGGAGAAGGUUGAAAUAAAUGAAGGUAGUAUCCAAAGGAAGCCAUCUUCAUCCUUCUACAGAUUUCUAAAGUUCCCCAUCCAUUCUCGGAGACAUGAAGAUUCAGUUCGUUCAUUGCUGCCUUAUUUGCCUCGUUUCCCAUGUUUGAAAUGGCUUGACCUAAGCUUCUGCAAUCUUGUUCAGAUCCCUGAUGCUAUUGGGUUGUUACACUCUUUAGAAGUCUUAAUUUUGGAUGGAAACCAUUUUGUUACACUACCUUGUAGCAUUAAACAACUUUCAAAACUUAGAUGGUUGAACUUGGAGCAUUGUAAGGAGUUGAGAUAUUUGCCUGAGCUCCCAUCAAGAAGUCAGAGCGAGAGACAGGUCGAUUGGGCAAGAUUGUAUAUUUUCAACUGCCCCAAAUUAUGUCUGACAAAGAGCUUUUAUAGAAUCGUUUUUUCUUGGAUGAUCCAAUCUGCUAAGGGUGAAAUUGUUAUUCCUGGAGGUGAAAUUCCAAGGUGGUUCAGCGAGCAAAAUGUGGGUAAUUCAAUACGGGUGGAUUCAUCUCCCGCUAUGCGGAACCAAAAUUGGAUUGGUCUUGCUUGCUGUUUUACAUUUGUCACGCAUAAAGAUCCAACUAAUUUGAACGAUCCAAUUUAUUCUCUGUUUUACUGUUUGAAACAUGAGCGGGACAGUUAUGAAAUUCCGAUACUUUUCAGGAAAGAUCUGAUCACAGUUGAAUUUGAUCACAUGGUGCUACUCUAUUUUCCUCGGGAACGAUUAAUCAAUUCGAAUCAAUUAGUCGAAUUUGUAUCUAUUGACACGCAUCCCCAAGAAUUGCAUGUCGAGGUGAAAAAGUGUGGGUAUAAGUGGGUAUAUGAGGAAGAUUUGGAUCAAUUAAUCCACAGUAUGGAGCACAAUGGGAAUUCGUCUGUUCUAGAGGGCAAUCUCUUAACAAACGAGUCACCAGAUGAGCUAAAUCAUGGAAAAGCAGCUUAGCAAUUUCAUUUCAGAUACAUUUCUGUCAAACAAAUUCUUAUCCAUUUCAGGUAAGACUUAAUCCAGCAAGGUUCUGUUAUUUUAAUAUUUUUAAGCAUUUACAAAUACUCUGUUUUAUGCAUGAUGAUACUGUAAUUUGUUUCCCAUUUUCAUGGAUUGUCAUGAAUCAAAUGUAGCAAGUUUUUAUUUGUUCAUUUCAAAUGUCUCUGCUCUAGUAUUGCAAUAGAUGUCUGAUAAGCUGCUGUUUUUUUAUAAUAUUUUACUUAUUUUAACCGCUAUGGGGUUACCGCUAUUUGCCCGCGACGCUAUCCGCUAAACGCAAUAGCGGAUUUUGGCCUCGCCGCAAUUUUCCGCGAUCGCGAUUUGACAACACUGGAAUUGAACAAUACUUGGUAAUAUAAUAUAUAGAAUUUCAGAGAGACAAACUGACAUAAUAUCGCCAGAUAUACAAUUUGAUCGAUAGUUUUGUUUUAUGGUGACUCUGAGGUGCCCCCCAAAUUUGAUGCCCUCUCUUUUUUACCAAUGAAUAAGAGAGGGUUGGCAUGAUUUUCAAAAUUGCGACAUGGUUCUUGUUCCUUUUAUGUUGAAUUGUUGAUUGUUUUAAUUUUUACUUUUAUGAUCUAAUUCAAAUAGUUAAAUAUUGAAAUUCACAUUGAGGUAUAUUUUUAUUUUCCUCACUUUUAAACCUUAUCUGAGUG